ACAGCUCAAGUCAAGGUUAGGCUUUUUCAUGACACCAUUGCAUUCUAUGCAGGCCAUGAAGGAACUUGUUUAGAGGAAUAAAGCUAGACUUAAACAUGGAGAGGGCUCCUCUAAUCACUUUGUUUUACUCUUUGAUAAUUUUGUUCAUCCUGGAAUUGUCAGAGGAAGCUGAUAUUUUAACUGUGGGAGGGUCUAUUAGUGAUGGUGACACACUGGUUUCCUCAUUCCAAAGCUUUGAGCUAGGCUUCUUUUCACCUGGAAAAUCAGAAAACAGGUACUUGGGAAUAUGGUUCAAGAACAGCCCUGGAGCAGUUGUUUGGGUUGCAAACAGAAAAAAUCCAAUUACUGAUGGGAAAGGGGUUUUAACUGUAAGCGACAGUGGAAAUCUUGUCCUUCUGAACCAGGCAAAGAAUGUCAUCUGGUCUUCCAAUGUGUCAGGGCCGGCGGAAAAUCCUGUGGCACAGCUGCUAGAUAGUGGAAACCUUGUUCUCAAGGACAACAAAAGCUUGACUCAAAGCUAUCUGUGGCAAAGCUUUGAUUACCCAUCAGACACACUUUUGGCUGGCAUGAAGAUAGGAUGGAACUUAAAGACAGGUCAGGAAAGAUAUUUAACAUCAUGGAAAAGUACUGACGAUCCAUCCCCCGGAAUCUUCACUUACAGACUUGACAUAAAUGGGUUACCUCAGUUAGCCAUUGACAGAGGAUCAAUGAAAAUGUUCCGUACAGGACCAUGGAAUGGAAUUGGAUUUGGAGCUGUUCCAGCAGUCUCAAAUUUAGUCUUCAAACCGACUGUUGUCCGCAAUGAUAACGAGUUAUGUUACUCUUAUGAGGCUGUCAGCAAUGCUAUUACCAUGAGAUUAUGGUUGAAUCAGUCAGGUUCUUUACAGCGUCUUAUAUUGAAUGAGGGGAGCAGUGAAUGGGGUAUUUUGUACUCAGCUCCAUUUGAUCAGUGCGACACCUAUGGACUCUGUGGUGCUAAUAGUAUAUGUAGCAUUAGGAGAACAGAUACCUGUGAGUGUUUAACCGGAUUCAUUCCCAAAUCACAAGAAGAAAGGCGUACAAACAAGUCAUUGUCUCUGAACUGUGCAAGAGAAUCACCACUGGACUGUCAAAAUGGACAAGGCUUUCAAAGACUUGUGGGGGUUAAAUUGCCAGACUUGUUAAAAGUUCGGCUAAAUAAGAGUAUGAGCCUCAAGAAAUGUGAAGCUGAAUGCUUGAAGAACUGUUCUUGUGCAGCUUAUGCUAAUUUGAAUAUAACUGGAGGCGGUAGCUGUUUGAUGUGGUUUGGUGACCUCAUUGACAUCAGAGAAGUUUCCGAAGUGUACAGAGGAGAAGAGGUCUACAUAAGAUUGCCGGCUUCAAGUCUAGGAUCCACCCAUGAUUCAAGUACAAAGAACAGAUCAAAGGUUAUCCUACUGGUGUCAAUCAUUUCUAGCACGAUUAUUUUGGGCCUGGUGUCCUGCAUAAUUUGGAGGAAAUCAAAGAAAAGAGAUGGAUUACUUCAUUUAACGAGAGUGGAAAGUGGGACAGAGGAAGCAGAAGUACCUUUAUUCGAUUUCUCUAGCAUAGAAAAUGCCACUAAUAAUUUCUCUUACGCCAAUGUAAUUGGAGAGGGUGGCUUUGGUCCUGUUUACAAGGGCAAUCUUCCAACGGGACAGGAAAUAGCAGUAAAGAGGCUGUCAAAGGACUCAGGGCAGGGUGUUGAACAGUUCAGCAAUGAAGUAGGUUUGAUAGCCAAACUUCAACACAGGAACCUUGUUGGACUGCUUGGUUGCUGCAUUCAAGGAGAUGAAAGGAUGUUAAUCUAUGAGUUUAUGUCCAACAAAAGCUUGGAUCACUUCAUCUUUGACCAUAGACAAAAAGCACAACUACCAUGGCAAAAGCGGUUUGAUAUUGUUCUGGGGAUCACAAGAGGGCUUCUCUAUCUCCACCAAGAUUCGAAACUUCAGAUUAUCCACAGGGAUCUCAAAGCAAGCAAUAUAUUACUAGACAGCAACCUGAUCCCCAAAAUUUCAGAUUUUGGCUUGGCAAGAAUUUUUGGAGGCAAUGAUGAGGAAACAAAAACAAAUAGAGUUGUUGGGACAUAUGGUUACAUGGCUCCGGAGUAUGCAAUUGAUGGAACAUUUUCAGUCAAAUCUGAUGUUUUCGGUUUUGGUGUGCUCCUGUUAGAAAUAGUAAGUGGUAAAAAGAAUAGAGGAUAUUCUCAUCCUGAUCACCGCCACAAUCUUCUUGGUCAUGCAUGGCUGCUUUGGAAUGAAGAUAGAGCUUUGGAACUAAUUGAUACCAGCUUGGAAGAAUCAUGUGUUAGGUCUGAAGUGGUUAGGUGUAUCCAGGUUGGUUUAUUGUGUGUUCAAGAAUUCCCAGAGGACAGGCCAGCAAUGUCGUCCGUUCUUCUCAUGCUGACAAAUGAAUCAGCAGCAACAUUACCUCAACCCAAACCGCCUGGUUUCUUCAUCGAAAGGAAAAGCUCCACAAAUUUUAGUGGUUCAACAACUACUAAAGAAGAAUCAAUCACAGGAAAUGCAGUUACCAUAACCUUGCUAGAAGCUAGAUAGACAAUUCCAGCUAUCUUAUUCAGCUUUCUUUGUUGAGAAUUUUUGUUUUUAAAACUAUGACAAUGCAAAUACAUGGAUUAUGGCUUGAAGUCUAACCCCUCUGCAUGUUUCAUAUCAACAGAUACUAUAUGUCCAUAAUUCUAUGUAAUUUGGUUCAAA